AGCCCCGAUUCUCAUCUAUUUCCCUCUCAUGUGAAAAUCGUAGAAGUAGGCCCGCGAGAUGGUUUGCAGAAUGAAAAGGAUUACGUCCCCGCCGAGACCAAGAUCAAGUUCAUCGACAAACUGGCCGACAGCGGCCUGAGCGUGGUGGAGGCGACUGCCUUUGUCUCGCCGAAGUGGGUGCCACAGAUGCAGGACCACACUGAGGUCUUUCGGGGCAUCAACCACCUGCAGGCGGAGAAGGGGCCAGCGGUCAGCUUUCCGGUGCUGGCGCCCAAUCUGAAGGGCAUUCAGGAUGCGAUUAGCGCCGGCGCCAAGGAGGUGGCUGUCUUCACCACCGUCUCGGAGACCUUCUGCAAGAAGAACGUCAACUGCACCAUUGAGCAGAGCCUGGAGAGGAUUCAGGAGAUUAUGAACCUGGCGAAUAAGAGCAACGUUAAAGUUAGAGGGUACAUUUCCUGCUGCCUCGGCUGCCCCUACGAGGGCUUCAUUCCGCCUGAGAAGACGGCCCAGCUCGCCUACCAGCUGUACAAGAUGGGCUGCUAUGAAAUAUCAUUGGGGGACACCAUCGGCAUCGGCACGCCCGUGAAGAUGCGCGAGCUGCUCGCGGAGACGCUGAAGUACCUGCCGGCGACGGUGGUCGCCGUCCACUGCCACGACACCUACGGCCAGGCGCUGGCCAACAUUCUCACCGCCCUGGAAAUGGGCAUCUCCGUGGUGGACUCCUCGGUGGCCGGCCUGGGCGGAUGUCCUUUUGCGAAGGGCGCCACGGGGAAUGUCGCCACGGAGGACGUCGUUUACAUGCUCCACGGCAUGGGCAUCAAGACGGGCGUCGACAUAAUGAAGCUAAUUGAGGCGGGAAAUUACAUUUGCUCAGCGCUGAAGCGCGAGACGUCCUCCAAGGUGGGCCGAGCGCUAAUGUCCAAGUCGCCGUCCAAGUGCUAG